AUUUACAUAAGCCCGCCCUUUCUGGUACUCGCUCCAACUGCUGGAGGGGGGCGGGGCCUGUGUCAGUCCAUGUGUGUAAUGUGUGAUGUGCGACGAUUUCAGGCGAUUUCAUCAACUUGUUCACCAGCAAAGCCGGUCGCUGGGCACCCGCGGAGAUCUGCCGGGGACACUCAGAAAUUUUCGAUUCCCCCCUACGAAGCAGUGGAGUUUAAACAGCAUUUUGUACUGGACAUCAGUGCAUCUGGGCUGCAGCCUUGCCAGACACGAGGUGUCUGGCUAAACAAAUAUCACAGAUCACCCGGAAUGAUGGCCGCUGUCCAUCAUCUACUCUGCAUUCUUGUCAUCUUUAAGUUAGGCUUGGUUCGUUCAACCUUUGCAGACUGCCAGGAAAGUGAAUUUGAGGAUGAUCGUGGAAACUGUGUGCUAUGCAAACAGUGCAGACCAGGCCAGGAACUUUCUACGGACUGUGGCAGUGGAAGAGAAAGUCAGUGUGUGCCCUGUGGACCUGGCAGGUACAAAGAAGACCGUGGACAUCACCCCUGUCUCCGAUGCCUCCCAUGUGCAAUUAUAAAUCGGGUGCUGAAAGCUAACUGCACGCCAACUGCAAACUCUGUGUGCGGUGACUGUAUGCCGGGGUUCUAUAGUAAAAUCCGGAUAGGCGGUCUUCAGGAGCUAGAAUGCUUCCCAUGUACGUCUUACACACUUCGUACAGAGACUCAGUGUUACCCUAGGCCUGGGAACAAUCAGCCAACCAGCACUGCCCCUCCUCCUCAGGAUCCUGUCAUUCUAGUGGCUGUUAUUAUGGUGGCUAUGGCAUUAAUUUUGGUUGCCUUGGUGACCUUCUCGAUCAUCUGCUGUGGACCCUUCUUCAAAAGUCAGUGCCAGAGAGCUUUCCAAAGAUCGCAGGACUUUGUACACCAGCCCGGACAACUAGCGCAACAAUGGGAAUCUACACAUAGCCCCUGUGAAGAACAACCAAUCCCCCCUUGCUGCUUUGGAACCUCAGACAUUUCUGGACAGGUGCCAGGUCCAGUGGAGGAAGUUCAUGUAAUUUCAGAGAGUGUUUCCACCAGCCCCCGUGCCACAUCCAGUGCAUUAUGUUCCUUGCCACCAUCUGUGGAGCUGUGUGCCAUUCCUCCUCCACCUGCCAAACCUCAUUACACUCGGAGUGUAUCAGAGACACAACCUUUAAUCCGAAACUCAGGUUGCAGUGACUGCUUCACUGGAUGUGGGUCUUCUGCUGAGCCCAGCCAGGGUGCCACAGAGCCACUAUGCACACAAACUCACUCCUGUGCUUCAGAAAGGCAGCACUGGUCUCAUGCACCGGUGGAGUGCACAGAGCUGGAUUUACAGAACUUCUCCUCAGAGGAUGGAUUUUCCCAUGCUGGCUGCAAAGCUCAAUCAGGAUCCCAUGUGCCACCAAGACCCCAGUCCUGUUCCUGCAUUACACAGAGUGGAUCCGACAGGAAAAAUCAGGAAAACUUAAGGUCAAGCACCUGCAGAAACUUAUCUUCUCAGUCUCAGACAUGUGAACAUCAUGUUUUGGACUUGAGCAUUGCCACUUUAGGUCUCCCCAUCUCAGAAAUCCCAGAUUCCUUGGUUAUGUUACUUUCACUUAAACUGGAUAACACCACACCCGGACAGAAGGAUUUCAGGGACGUUGGAGUCGCGUUAGGGGUACAGCCCCAGCUCAUAGAUUGCAUGCAAGGGUUUAAAGCAUUGCAUGCUCAUCUGUCUAGCAGCAUCUCCUGCACACUGCUCCACCUGGUGCAGACUUUACAGAGACUAGAGUGCGCAGACGCCUUAAUCUUAAUUUGUACACAUUUCAGCCAGUAGCUUUCUGUACUUGUAAACUUGCAGUAAUAUCACCAUGUGUGAUUAGCAUCAGGGCACAGACAAUCGGCUUCAUUCUUUGUGAGAUCUACAUUAUGUUUGAAGGCUGAUUCAUCUUACAUUAUUACUACACCACUACUGAUACUGAGCCUUCAUGGUCAUGCAGAAGAUGUGGAGAUAUAUCUGAUUGAGAAGCACCAGGCAACAUCCCAGUGAGCAGGAUGUUUUAACUGUGCUGUUGACCUUAGUCAGAGGAUAUUAGAACACCGAAAUACUAUUCCUGAAGUGGAUCCAAAAGCAUUAAGGGAUUUUCUGUUUGAAGUAUUCAUCGUUGUUAUUUUCUACAGUAUGUCCAGUCAUGCACUUUGAUGCCCAUUAAUUAGCAGCAGCAAAUAUAGGCUUUGUCCUGCUGUGAGAUGGUGGCCAGCCUUCUCCAUCAUCUGGACUGGUGUGUUAUUUUUGUUUUGUUAAUAUGCAUAUUAAUUAUCCAACUGCAUAGUGUACAUAAAGGGAAUAUUGAUCAUAUAAGUUAUGAAAUCAGACACUUACAGAUGUGACCUCAUACACCAUAUGAGGCGGGACACCCGGCAUGAUUGACCUACUGAUAUGUGUAGCGUCUCUUUCUUCACAUUUGAAGUCUUAUUCACAUUGCAACGCAGCGAAACACAGCUGAAGGUGCACUCUAAACUCUGUGCUGCGACUUUAACCACACAGGAAUUAGUUUUAAAAAUAUACAAAGUCACAGAUGAAGCACAACAGGAGUUGGCUUGAGAAGAAGCUGCAUCAUACCACUAUGUAAUCAGAUUCAGACUCGUUUGCUCACAGAUAUACAAAUGUUUCACAUUAAAUAGAUCAGUUCAAUCUUUCAAAGUA